GACACUCAUGUCGGCAAUACCUUUCCUGUCUCUCCUCUCGACCCGCACGAUUCAGAUUUUCAUCGCAAGCCUCGUUCUGCAUUAGCAAACGCCAAGCCGCAUCCUCCGUGAAGACAUUUGGCGGGGGUCUCGCCAGCCACCGAGCUACUGCAGUGAAUGCGACACCGAGUAUUCUGACCUUCUCUUUCUGCAAACAUGAUUCUUCUAAAUUAUUCAAACUUGUUCUGCUAGACCCAUUCAACUCGAGGAUUUAGAGAGGAGGAUUUGAAACAGAAUACAAGAAAAUGCGUCGCAGCCAUGGACGAUUAUAUGUUCAAAGCCAAUGUUGAUCGAUGUAAUGUGGUGUCAGAGUCAACGACAUAUCUUGAGAUCAUCUCCUAUUCAGAUGCCUCCCGAAAUUCAGUUGAAGAGCAUCCAUUGACUCUGGAUGAGGAUUUCAACAACUUCUUGAAAAGAAAGGGCGCAUUUGCUCCUUUGAAGCUUCCUCCAGAUAUCACCCAGACAGCGUGUAUUCGAUUGAUCCUUCAGCAAAAUGCUCAGCAUGCCGAAACUUUCACGCCACAUGUUAUUAGUUUGAAGAAAGAGGCCUACAAGUCCAUGAUUGUAACUUGGAACUUGCCUUACAGAGCCAUCGAAGGUACCAGUGUCGUUGGUCCUUUCUUUUGGGCAGCUUGGGAUCAGGAUGAGACGAAUCCCCAUCUUCAGAUUGUGUACCGCAAGAGCGAUGUCCGGAAAAAGGGCAAGACUAGGGGAUGGGAACUCAUGCUCUCCCAUGAUGUGAAUAACGGCACCACCACCGGCUUCGCUAAAGGCACUCCAAGUUCCGACAUUGUCGAAUGCAUCAAGCAUCUCAAAGCAUGUGCAUUCCAAGUCAGCCAUCCUAUGCUGCUCCCCAUCAUUAUCUUCUCACACGACGUGAGCUUCCAGGUAGAUAUCAAGCAAAGAGAAGCACGAGAUUGGCUUCGAAGACUCGAACAUGCCGUCAGCAUGCGCAACGAGAUCGAGGAAAAAGAGGGAUAUGUUAGUAAGGACGGAGUCGUGGAUCUGGAUGCCAUCAAUAGAGAUCUGGUGGAGUGCCAUUCUCAAGUUCUGUGGAAGAGACCAAAAGCAUAUCUGCAAAUGCUCGCUCAUGUCGAGAAGACCAUGGAUACGUUCUACAAGAAAUUGCCUGAAAGUCGGAAAGAUGUACCGAUGCGGCAACUCCAUGCUAGUAUGCUUGCACGGCUAGACUUUUAUCGUGUAAAGCUGCAGGGCAUCGAUUCGUAUGCUUAUACGACUUUGCAAAGAUUGGAUAUCCAGAGAAGUGCGCUGUAUAACAUCAUCGCUCAAAAAGAAAGCAAAUUGAACUUCAAAAUGGCCGGCGAACAACGCAAACUCGCCCACGCCAGUAAACGCGACUCUGCCGCCAUGAAGAUCAUCUCCCUCCUCGGCGCCGUCUUCUUGCCUGGCGCCUACUUGGCCUCGGUCUUCUCUAUGUCGUUCUUUAAUUUCCAAAAUGACGGCGGCACUGUCGUUUCCAGCAAGUUCUGGAUAUAUUGGGCCGUGACCUUGCCUAUCACUGUUAUAAUCACGGCCAUUUGGUACGUGUGGGAGAAGAGGAGGGAAGCGAAGUACGAUAGAGAAGAUGACGAUCUAGAGAAGGGGAGCGAGGUCAUGGAGAAGGACAUCAUGGCGAUGAUGAGAAAAAGAACAAUGACUAAAGCUAGUACUUGGGAUAAGGCGAGCUCGUGGGACUCGCCGAAGAGUGCCGAGGUGGUUAAGUUUCAGAACUUGAAGAAAGAGUAAGGGGAGAUGGUCGUGAUGUUAUGAGUUUCUGCAUGAUGAGAGAUGAUUGAUGAUUAUGAGCUUAUGAUCUAAAAGUACAUACAAAGUAUAUAGCCAUAAUAGACGUUAAAUGGUUGGUCUUAGAAACGAGAUAAUUGCAAGCAGCGAUAC